AUGACCUUUUUGUAUUUUUUCUUAAUCUCUCAUAUUCUUUACAGAUUCAUUGGCACACCACUUGGUCGUAUAGCUGGAAUAAAAUCCAAGAAUCACUAUGAGGCUACACCAAACACAAUACUUGAGAAAGUUUAUAAGACAGUAUCCAAGACUCCUGAUAGAAAACGACUAGAUGGACUGGCCAAACAGCUGGACUGGUCAGUUAGGACCGUAGAAAGAUGGUUUAGAAGGAGACGUAACCAGGACAGACCAACCAUGUUGGUUAAAUUUACAGAGACAAGCUGGAGGAGUUUAUUCUAUCUUGUUGUAUUCAGCUAUGGUGUAUCGAGUGUUCCUAUGCAGCCUUGGUUUUGGGAUCUGAGACAAUGUUGGCAUCAUUUUCCAUUUCAUACUGUAACAUCUGAGAUCUAUAACUACUACAUGGCUGAGAUGGCUUUCUACCUAUCUCUUAUUUUAUCACUCUUCAAUGAUGUCAAGAGAAAGGUGAGUACAAACAUGCUCAGAAAGAUUAUAUUAGGUUGGUUAACAUACCACUGUUGGUUAAAAGAAAAUUGUGAGUAAAUAAAAAAAAAUGUUUUAGCCAUUUGUUGGGAAGUCCAGUAUAUUAAUCAGCCUGAUUUAGGAGAGUCUAAUAGCAUUUUCAGUAACUCAUGAUUUUUUGGUCAGCAUCAUGUCUGCACUGAAAUAAUCCGCACAACAAGCGUUCAGUUGCUAUCAGAACCACGCUACUUAUUACACUACUUCUACGAUGGCGCUGGUCUGGUGCUGAUAAAAAGUAGCCCGGGCAUGGCGCAGGCUAUUUUAGCCUACUCCAUUCAUACAUGUAAACUCAAAAUUUUACGACUUAGCCUUGGCCUGGUCUGAACCAGCGAGUUACUGAAAGCGUUAUAAGUUUAUUUAAACUGGGGGUUUGGGGAGGCUCGAACGAUGGGGUGUAGGGGCACAAGGCUCAUUUGUUUUUCUUUUUUUAAAGGAAAUCUUGGGUGACACUAUUCCAAUCAUAAAACAUGGCAUUGAUUGAUUUUUAUAUUAAUCAAUAAUACUAAAGGAAAAUGACGCAGUUAUGAACUUUGGCUAGAAACAGAAUUUGCAUUGGAUUUGUACGUAUUUGAGUAUUUUUAGGUCAGAUAUUUUGGAAUUGCAUAUCUUGAUGUUGCAAAUUUGGUUUCAAAAGUUACGUGAGCCUUAAAAGAAAAAAAAAUCACAUUUCUUAUGACAGAUUUAUCAUAAAUUGUUGGGGGCCUUUCAAACUAUAUUGGAAAAUAUAUGUAAUCAAAGUGAGUUUGCGUAUAGGAUUGAGUUUAGAUUGAAAUCUCAUUUCCUCACGUACUAGAUUGAAUUGAAAAAAAAAAUUGGCAAGUGUGCGUCCAGAUAAUAGAGAGAUCCGGAUAAGGGGAGGCUGGAUAAGAGAGGCCCGAAUGUAGUUAAGGAAGGUAAAUUAUACACUAAAAUUGUUGCAUCACAAUUUUAAAUUCAAAAUUCUUAAGCUUGAUUGCGCAAUCAAAAUGAUACAGGUGUCAUGUGGACAAAAAUAUUUAUAACUUAUCUGCAUAUUUUGAUAUUUUAAAAAUCUGUGAAAAAUCAUUUGAAAUAUCCUGGGAAUAUCCAUUGAAACCUUAAAAACCUUGAAAAGAAAUUGAUAGCCCUGAAGGUUGAUGCACUGAUAGAAACCAAACAAUCACUGGAUUAUUUUUAAUCAAUUUCCCGCCCUUCCUACAUUUAAUUAUUACUUUAGAGUUACUAUUCUCUAGUGGAUAGUACAUCUAUAAAUACUGUAAGACCCCUUUCUCAGUAUGCUUUCAUGAAAUGGUUUCCCUUAAACCAGUUUAAAUCGCUUCGCUUGCGUCAUUAUCACCAUCCCCUGAACUGGUGUUUAUAAGCUCUUUAACAUAAAGUGGUCUUGUUGCUAUGGAAAUACUCUCAGUAUGGACUGUUGUCACAUGAUUUGUGUGAAAUUUGAGGCCGCAGCAUAAGCAUUCUACACACAUAACCAUGCUCAAUACUUCCAUGUGAAGAUUGCUUCCCGAAGAACGGAACCUUGUGUCCUCACCUAUGUACCAGUUACAAAGCGAGGUGUUUUUUCAAACUGGUUUGGAAGACUAUUUAAAAUUGCUUUCAAAACCGCUUUGAGCAUCCCUGUUACAUGUUAUAGGUGAUUCCGCAGUCAGUCGCAUUAUACGUGUCUUUUUUAAUACUUGGUGCUGUCAGUUUUACAGGGUGAGUCUUUCUGUCAAGUAAUAAUACUGUCAAUUUACAAUACGUACAGAAUGGUUGUAGGCUGUGUAUUGUGGAUGCCAUGACGUCCCAAAAAGUUAGUCACAUUACACAAAAAGGACAUGGAAAAAAGGUGACUGAGUUCUUUCAAUUCAAAACACUUUUGCCAAUUUCAAUACCUGCAAAACAAGACAUUUGAAUUUGGGAAGCAACUUUGAGUUUCUCUUGUGGAUAGAAAAACUCCAGUCAGUCACUUUACACUUUGUCCGUCACCAAAAAUUUGGCAUUUCUUAACCUUUCCCGCAACUUAUAUUUAAAAAUUAUAUUUUAAUUUGAUGUAAAAUGAUGACUUUCAGAUUAUAAAAAUAAAAGUAUACAUGUAUAGCAUUUAUGAGGCGCUGAUUUAUGUAGUUUCCUAUUCAAUGGUGCAUUAUUACCCUAGUUAAGCUGCAGUUGGUAAAGGUGCUUGGUGCAAUCAAGGAAUUAAUCCUACCGAGUAAUUAUUCACCUCACCUGAGUUGAGUGCAGCACGAUGUGGUAAAAUUCUUGCUGAAGGAAAACAUGCCAUGGCUGAGAUUCGAACCCAUGUACCUCUCAUUAAAAGACUAGAGUUGUAACCACGACGCCCCCCACAUUAUCCAACUGAAAAUUGUAAAAAGAAACAAUAGUUUUUUGUUAAAUUGAAAAUUAAGUUUUAAAAUAUAUGUAGUCCCAUGUUUACAUUUUUUUGUAUGGUUCUGAUUCUCCUAUAGGAAAAAAAAAAUCAGGCUUAUUAUGAUACCCCUUCCAUGUAUUUAUGAACUUUCAUACGAGUUUUGAUAAAAAAAUAUUGCUCCAGAUUUUAAAUAGAGCCAAUAUAAAUUUUGGAAAAUGUCCGCUUUUGCUUGGAAUGGCCCUUAUACUGGGUUCAACUUAAAACUACUUUCCACAUUACUAGUUUAAACUAAAAACUACUUUCCACAUUACUAGUUUCAACUAAAAACUACUUUCCACAUUACUAGUUUCAACUAAAAACUACUUUCCACAUUACUAGUUUCAACUAAAAACUACUUUCCACAUUACUAGUUUCAAUUAGAGACCUCUCUUUAAGAAUGUCGAAUAAUCCGUUCCUUUGAUUGGUCAGAAUUGAGGUCAUGUAAACGACCAUGCCCGCAAAAAAACAAACUAAGGUGGUAACCACGGGCAAUGACAAUACGCCAGACGGUGGCCUGUACUUAUAGAGAAAAAGAAGGCAUAGUUAACAAGAUUUCUGCCCGUUGCCCCCUGACCUGCCCCUUAACGACGGGCAUAGCAAAAUUUGGCUGAGAUCCCCUUUUGAUUGCAUGCAAAAUGUUGCUUUCUGCGGUGAUUGCGGUUACCAUAAAUAUCUGCGCGAUUUGAUCGAAAGUAUUAGACAAUUCGCGCAUUUACGCCCUUAUUGCGCAAGUGCGCUCAACGGAUAUGACUUAUCGAUGGAACGAUGCCGAUCUUUGACUUUUGCUUGUUAAUUCCUGAUAAAACAUAUGGCAUUAUAGAAAAGAAGACUAAGUAAAUUUAAGGACAUAACGGAUGUAUCAAUAAUCAAGUCUUGUUGAAGUUGUUCGUUCAAUUGCAUGCUCGCAAAAGGUGAGUCGGGUGAAACGGUCACUGCACUUUCUGUAUAUUAAACGUUAAUACUCGUUAGACUUAGACAAACGACAACGUUAGGUAAUGUUGUCGUGAUCUCACGUUCGUUAGCUUAGUCUUAGAAGUUAAGAGUAGACUCUAGAUCUAACUAGACCUAGUAAUAUUAGAUCUGAUGUAGGCCCUAGUCUAGAGAUCUAACGUUAGAUCUAAGUUAGACUCUAUAAGUCUAAUGAAGAUUUAAGACUGUUAACGUUAAUCUAUUCAGACCCUAAAUUUGAUUCCUAAAAUAUUAUUACGUUAAGUUUAGCGGUAUGGACUGCUUUGAUAUUCGACUUCAAGACCUAAUGUCAGGGGCAGGGCUAAGUUAGGGCCUAGAUCUAGGCCUAACGUUAGCCUGGGGCCUGCUAGGGCUUUUAGUUUUUUAGGCCUAACUUGUUUAAGAUCCAACGUUAGACUAAAUCUACAUGUAGGCCCUAGACCUACGUUUAAUUCGGUUCAUAAAAUAUAUAUGGACUGCUUUUAUAUUUGAGACACGGUUUUUCUUUUGGCUCGCGGGUACCACAUCGGCCAGUCGCGUUGCGGUCCCCUUGAACCUCUAGAAACAACCAUGCCUCUCAAAGCAGUCCAUAUAUCUAUACUACUUUCCACAUUGCUAGUUUCAACUUAAAACUACAUUCCACAUAAUUACUAGUUUCAGCUAAAAAAUUACUUUUCACAUUACUGGUUUCAGGUUGUAAAUGAGAACGGGUCUAAGUGGAAAUUUUGUGCAUGUUUCAGAGAUAGACAGUCCCAAACCAUAUGUUCCAAGAAUAUAAUAGGAAUUUAUAUUAUUUAGUAGUGAAAAUAUGGUAAAGUCAUAUGACACACAUUGUCAGUAGAGUUGAUAAUACAUCCAAUUUAAAAUUCCCAUGAGUAAAUGUAUUAUUAAUCCCAAGUUUAGUAAAUUCAUAAGGCCACUUGCAGAAAAAAAAAACUUUCAUCUAUUUUUAAUAGGAGCGUGUUAAAACCUGGAUUAAGAUGCCACGUGGGAGUGACUUUAAAAAAAAUUAUUUACCUACUGCUGCUUGACACC